UCAAAAUUAUCACAGACUGACGACGUCGAGGACACAACUUGGAAAGCUGCAACAAACAAAACAGUUCCACUGAAAUUAUUAAUAUAGUCCAGAAAUAGUCCAAAAAUAAGUGUUUAUUAAACACCAGAAUGGCAGAAGAGGCGAUAUUUGAGUACUUGCAUUCCGAAAUCGUGAACUACACCCUGACAAAGGACUCCAAUAAGGAAAAUGAUCUCUCGGCGCUAGAAUACAUCGGUUACUCGACGGGGUAUCGAAUCAUCGAACGGCUAACCCGCGAGUGGCCCCGUUUCAAGGAUGAGCUGGACACCAUGAAGUUCAUCUGCACAGAUUUCUGGAGUUCGAUUUACAAGAAACAGAUCGACAACCUUCGGACGAACCACCAGGGUGUGUACGUCCUGCAGGACAAUGCGUUCCGAUUCCUGACCAGACUGUCGUCCAGUUCACAGUAUCUGGAGCACGCCCCCAAGUUUGUCGCAUUUACGUGCGGAUUGGUGCGUGGAAGCUUGGCCAAUCUGGGCAUUACAAGUACGGUGACCGCUGAGGUGCAGACCAUGCCUUCGUGUAAAUUUCACAUUCAAGUUAAUAGAGGAUAGUUGCAUUGUUAUUAUCAUUUAACAUAAAAUUUAAUUUGGAAAUAAAUAUGGAACGCUUGUAGCAAAACAAAAACCUAAAA